AUGAUUACUGUAAUUUACAUAGGGAACAAUAUUUUGUACAAUGGUGGUGAUGAUGAUGGUGGUGGUGGUGGUGGUGAUGAUGGCGAAUACGCACAAAGGUUAAGAAGGAGAGUGAGAAGAGAUGGAGUACGACGACAAGCCGGACAAGGUGUGCUCGGAGAUAUGGAAAACCUUACCUUCCGUAAGAUCGAAGACCACCUUACCAUCAUCAGUGGCCAAUUGGUUCUGCCAGCACAAACAGGCGGCACGGAACAGGCGAUGAUUCAACACCUCUGGGCAUUAUCCGACAGGGCAGCCCUUCAUCUCCAAUCGAUAUCCUUCCUUAUUCAUCUCAACGUUGCCACACUAUCGCAUGCAGAAGACGUCUACACAUAUCGAGAUGGAUAG